GCAGCAUGGCCAUGAGUGACUCUAGUGUCAUAGUCAAGGAUCGUUUCUACCUGAACGUGUGAUGUUGUGUAGAUGUGGCUGUCAGUCCUGAGCGACGAGCAGGGUGUGUAGACGCAGCACUGAGGGUUCAGAAUCUUGGACAGGUCUGGGCCAGCCACCUGGCUUUGGUGAGCAGAUCGCAUCCCCAGCAGGAAAAUGAGUGACGAGACAGUCCCCGAGGCCACUUCUCCGCCACCUCCCACCCAGGGGCAGCACUACUUUGACCGCUUCUCUGAGGACGACCCUGAGUACCUGCGCCUUCGCAACCGCGCGGCCGACCUCCGGCAGGACUUCAACUUGAUGGAACAGAAGAAGCGUGUCACCAUGAUCCUGCAGAGCCCAUCUUUCAGGGAGGAACUGGAAGGCCUCAUCCAGGAGCAAAUGAAGAAGGGCAACAACUCCUCCAACAUCUGGGCCCUGCGGCAGAUUGCAGACUUCAUGGCCAGCACCUCCCACACAGUCUUCCCAACAUCUUCCAUGAACUUCUCCAUGAUGACGCCCAUCAACGAUCUCCACACUGCUGACUCCCUGAAUCUGGCCAAAGGAGAGAGGCUCAUGCGGUGCAAGAUCAGCAGUGUUUACCGGCUCUUGGACCUCUAUGGCUGGGCCCAGCUGAGCGAUACCUAUGUCACGUUGAGAGUCAGCAAGGAGCAGGACCACUUCCUAAUCAGCCCUAAGGGUGUUUCCUGCAGUGAAGUCACAGCCUCCAGCCUGAUCAAGGUGAACAUCCUGGGAGAGGUGGUGGAAAAGGGCAGCAGCUGCUUCCCAGUGGACGCCACGGGCUUCUGCCUUCACUCAGCCAUCUAUGCAGCCAGGCCCGACGUGCGCUGUGUCAUCCACCUGCACACACCAGCCACGGCAGCGGUGUCAGCCAUGAAGUGUGGCCUCCUGCCUGUCUCCCACAAUGCCCUGCUGGUGGGGGACAUGGCCUAUUAUGACUUCAAUGGGGAAAUGGAGCAGGAAGCCGAUCGCAUCAACCUGCAGAAGUGCCUUGGACCCACCUGCAAGAUCCUGGUGCUAAGAAACCAUGGUGUGGUUGCUCUUGGCGACUCCGUGGAGGAGGCGUUUUAUAAGGUCUUCCACCUGCAGGCUGCAUGUGAGAUACAGGUGUCGGCUCUGUCCAGUGCAGGAGGAGUGGAGAACCUUAUCCUCCUGGAGCAGGAGAAACACCGGCCCCAUGAGGUGGGCUCUGUGCAGUGGGCUGGGAGUACCUUCGGGCCUAUGCAGAAGAGCCGGCUGGGUGAGCAUGAGUUCGAGGCCCUCAUGAGGAUGCUGGAUAACUUGGGCUAUAGAACAGGCUACACAUACCGCCAUCCCUUUGUCCAAGAGAAAGCCAAACACAAAAGUGAAGUGGAAAUCCCAGCCACAGUCACAGCCUUUGUAUUUGAAGAGGAUGGUGCCCCAGUCCCUGCUCUGCGUCAACAUGCCCAGAAGCAGCAGAAGGAGAAGACUCGUUGGCUCAACACACCCAACACCUACCUGCGGGUCAAUGUGGCUGAUGAGGUCCAGAGGAACAUGGGCAGUCCCAGGCCCAAGACCACAUGGAUGAAAGCUGAUGAGGUAGAGAAAUCCAGCAGUGGCAUGCCAAUACGGAUUGAAAACCCAAACCAAUUUGUGCCUCUCUACACCGACCCUCAAGAAGUGCUGGACAUGAGGAACAAGAUUCGAGAGCAAAACCGACAAGAUGUGAAGUCAGCAGGGCCGCAGUCCCAGCUCCUGGCAAGCGUCAUUGCUGAGAAGAGCCGAAGCCCGUCUACAGAGAGCCAGCUGAUGUCCAAGGGUGAUGCAGAUACCAAAGAUGAUUCAGAGGAGACGGUGCCCAACCCCUUCAGCCAACUCACUGACCAGGAGCUGGAGGAGUACAAGAAAGAGGUGGAGAGGAAGAAACUAGAACUGGAAGGAGAGAAGGAUACUGCCACAGAAGAGGCUGGCUCACCUGUAAAAUCUACACCUGCUUCUCCAGUGCAGAGUCCAACAAAGGCAGAGACGAAGAGCCCUGCAAUUUCUCCUACCAAAUCUGUAGAGGAAGAUGCCAAACCGAUAGAAACAAGCAAAGCUACUACAGAACCUGAAACAGCCCAGCCAGAAGGGGUGGUGGUAAACGGGAGGGAGGAAGAGCAGACCGCAGAGGAGAUCCUCAGCAAAGGCCUCAGCCAGAUGACCACCAACGCCGACACGGAUGUGGAUACCUCCAAGGACAAAACCGAGUCGGUCACCAGCGGUCCCAUGUCCCCAGAGGGCUCGCCUUCCAAGUCUCCCUCAAAGAAGAAAAAGAAAUUCCGAACCCCCUCCUUCCUGAAAAAGAGCAAAAAGAAGGAGAAAGUGGAGUCCUGAUGGGUGGCACCGUGACUCCCCUGUGCCUCCUCUCCCGCCUCCCCUUUCCUUUUCCCAACUCUGUCCCUGAAGCACAGGGCCAAGGAGGGAUAGAAUAGGACCCAGGAUUAUACUCAGAGGGGGACCUUAAAGAUCACCACACCAACCCCUCAUCUUACCGUUACCCCAGGGAAAUCAGGUGACUUAUACAAGGUCAUUCAGCUGGUUAGUGGCAGAGCCUGCAGUAAGCCUGCACUAGAGUUCUGGCCCCCUGACUCCCAGUUCAGUGCUCUUUCUACUGUACAACACUGCCUAGUCAUGGGCCACCUUUGUUAGGGUGUUGCCCUCAAUCUGAGCCCAGGGCAGGAAGGCCAGGAAUGGGCUGUGAACUCUCACAGGCCCAGAUGGAAUCAGAUGGUCAAGGCUUUCCCAGGGGUAAGGUCUGUUUCUUCCCAGGAAACCCAUCUCAUAUGGAGCUGUCUUCACAUUAAGAAGCCUUUCUACUCUUUUUCCAUUUGGGAACCCUGCCCUGCUGCUCCAAGUAAUUAGACAAAUUGACCCAUCCCCUCCCAUAGAAGAAGUUACCCUUUGAUCCCAAGGCUGAUGGCUUAGCUUAUACUUCCCCAGACACUAACCCCAAGCUUUCUUCAUGGAACCUCUUGAAUGAUGGGUGGAAGAACUUGUAAGAGUUGACAGACAUAAGGGCAAGCCAAGUAAGACUGGCGAUUGGGGAUUCUUUAAUUGAUGUAAGAGGCCAGCAACUUGCCCUGUUUGGAUUGUGCAUCUCAAAUACUCCAAAACAAAUACUAAAUUAGUAUAAGAAAAAGUUGUCACAUGCUCAGGGCAGAAAUUUUGGAAUGUUUAAACCCAUUGGCAUUGAAUCAUACAAAGAUGCAAGUAGCAUUGGAAAUGCUCUGUCUGUCUAGCUUUGCAUGCUAUAUGGAGCAGUAUGCCUACAUCCAUUCUAUGGUCAAUCGCCUCCCCUACAACCCUACCUUUGAACCCAGGAGCACUUGCCCUCUGACCAGAACUAGCAUCUUAAUCUUGGCAUCUUGAGCUUGGCUUCUUUAGGAUUCCAACUCUGAGUCACUUGGGUUCAGCAGAGGGAGAAUCAGAAAUGUGUUCAGGAUUAACCCUCGUGAAUCAGCUCUCAGAGAAAUAGUUGGGUGUCCUCAGCUCUGUCACUUUGUCCAUCCUGGGGCCUGGGCAUACUAUUUCUCCAUCUUCUUCCAUUGGGGCACUGAUUAAUGAACAUUUCUGGCUCCAAGACAAUCCAUUCUCUUGAAAGACAGUGUCUUCAAAGAAUAUAUCUCCUUUUUAUCCUAAUUAUUGUUAAAAUGUUUUUGAAAGCUCUUCAUCAUAGUUUUCCAUUCUAAGAACUAUCUGUAGACACUGCACAUAUACCUACAAACCCCCAUCAUAAUCCUGUGAGAUGGGUAAAGUUAUUCCUGUUUUUUGAUGAGGAAGCUGAACUCACCCCCUAACCCCAAAAAUCAUUGACUUGCUCAGAGAGAGCGGGAGUCUAGAUUUGAACCCAGGUUCUGAGCCCUGAGUUCUUGCUCUUAACAGCUAUGGUAGAUGGACAGUUUUAAGGGUGAUUGUUUUAGUCCCUGAGCCAUUUCUGUGACUGGUCUCUACUGGGCAUACAAGUGUUUGCCU